CUUAGAUUUCCUUACUCCUCUAUAGCUUAGACAUCAAGCAGUUGCUUCAGGCCAAGGCUGAAGCAGAGCUGGAGCUGCAGAAGUACCAGAAUAACAAGGAAGAAAGCACUAAGGACGAGCUGACUUUAAGCGAGGAAAUCCAGAGCCUUACACAGAAAGAAGGGAAAUCACAAUCAAAAUUGGAGGAAGAGGAGAGACAAAUGACAGAAGAUGCAUUAGAGAAGCUUAAUAAGUGUUCACCAGACUGCGAAGUUAAAGAUGAGGAAGAUUGCAAGAAGGAACAAGCAGCCAAAUGUAUCCAGAGAUGGUGGAGGUUGUACCGAAAUAAGAAGGAAGAAAUUGCUCUGGAUGAGGCAGUUGUUGUGCUUCAGGCAGCUUUCAGAGGACAUCUGGCUCGACAGAAGCUGCUACUGAGUAGUGGGCUGCAUGGUGCCCAACCUUACAACAGGCAAAGCCCUGGAAGAAAGAACUCAUGUGUGCCUCAAGUGUCAAACUCCUUGAGCUCAUUUUCUCUCUGCAAGGAAAAAGAGAAGAUUGUGACAUUCAUCCAGUCCGUUUUCAGGGCUCACUUAACACGUACAGCACUGCUUGAGGAAAGGCUCUCUGUGUCUAGCACAAGUGAGAAAACAGAUUCUGCUAUCUGCAGUACAGAGAACAAACCAGUCCCAGCAGCACUCCAGAGAACUUCAACCAGCAUGUCAUCUCUUCCUGUUGUUUCGGCCGGGUCUUGUGAGAAGCAGCUGCAGCCCACUCUGUCUCUGUCUGUGGAUGAAGCUCACUCGGACGAUUCAGAUGAUAUUGUAAUUGUCUCUCCAUCGUUGAGGAUGAAGAAAACCUCCACCCACUUCUUUAAUGGGCUCUGAUCUUGAAUUGUUUGGUUUGCAGACAAAGGUAUUUCCACCGAGGUAAAGCGUAUCAAAGAUGAACAAAGGGGGAAUGUGAGCCUGCAGUUGUCUGCUUUUUUCCAGCUGUGGAUAAAUACUUGUUUGAUAAGUCAUCUCUGCAGAUAUAUGGCUACAAGCUGCUGACUGUCUGUUAUCCUUAGCCUUGUGGUACAAAGAGAGAGUUUGGGUUUUAACAGUACUGCACCAAAACAGUUGAAUUUGUGAGACAGAAGUUGAAAUUGACAAAUUUAAACGAAAGCAGCAAGGGCUUGAGAUAUUUCAUAGAAUCAUAGAUUUGUUUGAGUUGGAAGGGAGCUUUAAAGGCCAUCUAGUCCAACUGCCCUGCAAAGACCAGGGACAUCUACAGUUCUACCAGGUGCUCAGAGCAUUUUGUGUCAAAGAAAGUCUUUCAAGUUGACCAAGAUACCUUUUUAAAUUGGGAAGUGAAAAAUGACUUAGCCUCAGUUUUCAGCCUGUGUAUGCAAAGGGGAACAGCUUGUAUUUGCUAUGAGGUCCUCUCUGUUUAAAAAUUCUACUGUCGCAUUUUAAUUUGUAUUUUUAUAUACUACACAUUUACAGUCUAUGCAGAUGUGUAAAGUCUUUUUAGCAAAUCACUUCUGUCAUAGUACUGCUCUAGGUCUACUGCAUCUGCACACAGUUUUCUUAUUUAUUGCUUUUUCCCAGUGUGUUUGCUAUGGUAUAUAUUGUACUACUUUGUAUGUGAUCACGUAAAUGCCUCUAUUUGUAUUUGUCAGAGAAGGGGUGUAAUAGUAGGGAUGUCCUUGUGACUAGUUUUUGCUUGUGAUAUGCUUACAUAUCACAAAUGCAAGUGGAUUGUGCACACGUUAGAGAUGACACUGCAAACAUUUGACGUAGAAGAUAUGAUACUGUAUGUCCUGUUUCAGCUUAUAUCUCUGGAUUGCCUGAAACUCCCACCUAGCUGGAUUGCUCAUACACUGAGCACUAAGGGGUUUUAAGUUUAAUGUUUUUUUGCUGUAGAUCUCUCCUCUCAGCACUACCUUUGUGUGUGUGUGUGCACGUUAGCAGUAUACACUGCAAAUGCACCCUCAGUCCAUUCACAGGCAGGGAGAAGGGUCACAGCCAUCUCCUGUCAUUAGCUAUGAGGCUUAGUCUGGAAAGCAUGGCACUGUGCACUCUGUUCUGAGGGAUUUGCAUGGGGAUGGGUAAAAUAUCUUGUAGCCUGAACAGAAGCAGGAUAAGCAGUUGACUUACAGAUGUCAAGACACCCAGAAAUAAUAACACCAAUAGACAUUAUCUUUACCAGACUUCAUGAAGGGAACAAUGACAUAAUGGGCCGUGGAGAACAUGGUCAGAGGAGUCUUUCUAGAUCUUUUACACAAACUGUACCUCUUCUUGACUGGAAGGAGGACGUUAUGUUCCAGGCUAUCAUUGCAACAUCCUCCAAAGGCAUUAAAAUGCAUUCUGUUUUGUUUUGUAAAAGGUGAAUCAGGUAAAUUAUGUGAUAUUUACUGAAAGGAGAAUUUAUUUUACGAACACACAGUAAAGUCUUUGUGGAGACCCUAGUGGUUUCUUUGUCAUCAAGGAGUAAUAAAAUCUCCUGUAAACAGAAAGCACACUCUUAAAUAGAAGAUUUUUAUCACCUUUUCCCUCUUCUUUUUUAAAUUAAAAAUCAGUCGCUGCUGUUUUGCAGAAUACUAAUAACUCAGAGCUGUCUCAGUUCUCUGAUUUCAAUGAAGCACUAUCUGUGCUUAUCAUAGUUCAUGCCAGUACUUGCAGCCAAAGAGGAAACUGGAUGGCUGCAGCACAAUGCAGCUGAUUUCAUUUAAUCCCAGCAGUAGAAAUGCCGCCUUUGCUUUUUCCAAAGGCAGUUUUGAGAGCUCUCCAUACCCAAAGCAGACUGAAGAAUGUCAUUUAUACUCAAGUUGGGUAAAUUUUUCCUGCUGGUACUUCGGUCAUAUGACUGCUAUCUGCAGAAAGGAUGAAAAAAGGCAUAUAAAAUAAAAGAAUAAAAGGGAUAAAAUCCUCUUGGGAGAAGCCUAUGCCUAUUUCUCUCUACUGCUGAAAGUUGUGUUAUUUAAAAAAAAAAAAGAAAAAAAAGUCAUUUUGUCAUUUUGCUAAACAGAAGCAGAUCUGUAUUGAGUUUCUUAUGUAUAAUGUUUCAAGUCUGUAACUGUGCCUGUCAUGGAUACCUCCAGAGAGAGAGUAACUAGAGCUGAGGACUGACACAUUAAGGAGAAAAUACGUAGUGUGUGUCAGGACCGAGUCUGCUAUAAAGUACCCACCUAACUGUUACCCUCCAGGGAAAUGCUUGGACAGCAAAUUUAAUGAAGUUGACAUUCAAUUUAUUGUGCCAUAAUAAAGAACCAAUAUGAAAGUCUCAGGAAAUAGACACAGAGUAGAAAGACUUCUGUCUUAACUGAGCGUAUGACCAGCAGCAGUGCUGUUGAUAGCUGAACUCCAGGAUGAAGGGGAGACGGUCACUUUGUGUGACCCAAAGUCACCAAAGGAAGUGUGAAAAGGAGCAAAUGUCUUCUGGGGUGAAUGAGCUUCAUAAAUUGAAGUCUGCAGUCUGAUAGCCAUAACAAAUGUGAUGCUUCCUUUGAGCACGCUUCAAACUCAUAAUUCUGAAAGAUAACAACACGGUCACAGCAUAUGAAUGUUUGGUGUAUGCUAGAAAGAGAAACCUCCACAGUGUGAGUAGCCUGUAGAUCUGGGAAGAGGCAUGGAGCAGUAAAGGAAGAAAAUGUGUUUUUCAAAGGAAAUGGGGCAUUUUUCCUUUUCUCUGCUCAACAGGGAGCUAAGGACAGUGAACAUCUAUGUGGCUCAAACCUCUCAAGAUAGGGCCAGUACAGACAUUACAUGUCUGAAAAACAUUAUCUGCAGAGAGCACCGGGAACCUUGCAGGGGCAUCAAGGUCCUGAAUUCAACUUAAACUCCACUGUAACCUCCCUAAUAGCACACUUUCCAUUCUGACGCCAUGCCAGUUCUGCAUGGGAUAAUGUUGCCUACUUAAAACCCUUUACAGUUUGCUGUACUCUUUGCAGGUAGUGAACAUGUGUGAAUAUAGAGAUCUUUCACAUGAUUUGAUCUCUUUCUGUCCUUAAGUGCCUAUGCCUGUAAAUAUUUUACUGAGGCAUUAAAACCUGAAAGAUGUAAUAUUUCCUACAUAGCUAUGCAAAUAAUUCCUAGACAGGCAGCUUUUUAUACAGAUGAAAUGGAAAGUUUAUUCAUCUUGGCAUAUCAGAAAGCCAUCGUUUGUAUGAUUGUUUUAAUAAUUGGAACUGUGCAAGUUACCUUGAGAUCUUUUGAAAAGCUAAAACAGUUGCAGUGUAUUUUCUCCUGACUGUUGAACUUUCUAAUAAAGCCCAAGUUUGUAAAUUAA